GAUGGUUGGAGUUGACAGAUCGAGUGACACUGACGUGACACAGUGAAACAUAAAGACAGAUUGCCCUCGAUUCCGGACUGGAGUUUCACAAGUCAACUCCCUUCUGCUCAUUCAUCCCAUCGAUUCUAACCCAACGCGACUCAAAAAAUGGAGGCCGCAACCGCAACCUCGCAGUCACAGCCACAGACUCAACCCACCUCCAGAGACGAACAGACGCGGUUGAACAGGAGGCUGAAGAGACGAAGACACCGACAGAAAAAGCACGAGAAGAAGUUGAAAGACCGGACGCGGGAUGAGGAGUCCACCGAGCAGCAGGCCGUGAUGCCGGUGCAGGAGCAGAAGCAGGAGCAGGGCCCCCCCGCGGAGAAAAAUACCAAAAAGGCCGCGCGGAAGCUGGAGCGGUAUAAGAAGCAAAUGAGGUAUCACGAGAAUAUGAAGAAGAAGAGAAUUGCUUCGAUGCAGACGGUGAGUAAGGAGGAAAGGCAGAAAAUGGAGAAAGAGCAGAUGCUGGAACAGCAGUGGAAGAUGGAACGGCGGAGGCUGGAAAAACAGGAAAUGGAACUCGAGAUGCGGGAGCAGGAGAAUAGGUUGAUGAAGCGGAGGAUGUUGGAGCUGCGGAAGAUUGAGAAAGAGAGGCUGGAGCAGGAGAUGGUCAAGCAGAAGAGGCUGGAACAAAGGAGGCUUGUGCUGGAGAGACUGGAGCAGCAGAGGCUUGAGACGGAGAGGCUGGAGAAGGAGAGGUUGGAGCAGGAGGCGCUUGAAAAAGAGGCGCUUGAAAAGGAGAGGCUUGAAAAGGAGAGGCUUGAAAAGGAGAGGCUUGAAAAGGAGAGACUGGAGCAGGAGAGACUGGAGCAGGAGAGGAUUGCAUGCCAAAAAGAGCUGGAACAACAGGAGCUCGCAGAGCAGCAGCUACGAUGGGACCGCGAGAAAAUGUUGGUUCAGCAGAUACUAUCACAGCACCACCAGAAGAUGAGAAAGAUAUACGGUCCGGAGGUGAGGGCUACGAAGACCUCCGACCAAGAAGACGUGGAUUUUGGUACAUCAGACGACCGAUAUCCAUCGGACGAGGAGAUGCAUGAAGUCGAGGAAACAGAGCAAGAUACAUCGGGCGACGAGAUGCACGAAGACGAGGAAGAAGAACAAGUUUCACCAGAUGAAGAGACGCAGAAGCACACAGUCACGCGAGAACCGCAAAACUCCCCAUCAUUACCAAUAGACGAAGUGACUGGCGACUCUGUCGACGACUCGCUUGUGUUCCUCAGACCUUCCACGAAAGAGACUGCCGAUGAGGACGAGGAAUCCCACGCCUGGGAAGACAGAGGCAUGGACACACACGAGCAGGAGCUGGAAGAGGCCAAGCAGAUAGCACGGGCGAUCGAAGAGGGCAAAUCGGCCGAGGUCAAGGCGUCCAUGAAAAAGUCCAGGCGAUGGCACGUCAACUCCACGGACAUCUCUAUCGUCGACGAACGGUUCGAUCUCUUCAGCGUGGAGUUCUUCGACUACUUUUACGACGAAGAAUGGUUGGACAAGAAGUUCUUCAAGACCGUCGAUUUCUUCCAGUUUUAUGAUAAUGGAGCGAGAUCAGACCAAGUGCUCGCGCUUGCCGAUUUAACUCUCAUGGACGUCCAAAGCAGCAAGCCGUUUCAUGUGCCCAACCGUGGCAGUAAGAGAACCAUCCAGGUGGGCCAUGAAGAUAGCACAAAGUAUCCGUUUCUGUUCACGUUCGUCAGCCAGGAUUACUUGCUGCUCCAGGUUCACCGGGAUGUUGUCUUCGCUCCUCAGGCUCCGCCUCGAGAUGCUCCGGAGAAGUUCGUGUUCUUUGGCAUUCGUUAUCAGCGACCGCCUUCUCCCCCUUCUACGUGCUAUGAUGAUAUAAGCUCACAGAUUGACCCUUUGUAUGAGGGCUAUUUCGAUGAUUUGAGUGACGUCGACUUGGUUUAGAGGGGGCUUGGUAAGUGGGCUUUUUGGUCAUGGGAGGACAAAUUCUGUUUAAUCUUUCUAGUAGUUUAUGAAGCGCCGUAGUUGGUCUUGUGGGAUUGAUUCUCUCAGUAUACUUGGGCUCUCGGGAGAUAUUGUAGAAUUUCAAAGAUAUUGCCGGGUUAUCAUGGAGAUGCACGAAUGGG